UACAGACAUGGAUACUCAGGGACCAGAAUUAACCUCUCCUCCAAUGUUCCAUUUCACUGAACUUGUACAUGCAGGAGGUUACGGUUGGUCGGUGUGGUGUUUGUCCCGCCCCUCCCCCACUGUGAUUGGAUGGCUGGGUAAAAACUGACAGUGUCAAGCAGGUUGAAGAUUUUUCAGUUCUCUGUGAGUAGACCGAAGUCACGUGCAGCACAUUGUCACACUCCUGGUGGUUGUAACAAAGUGUAGAUAUAUGGCCCCAUUGUAAACACUCGCCGUCACAAUAUGAGAAAAAACUGGUGGACGCAGCCCGUUAGUCUUGUCAUUUCCUGUAUGGGUUUAGCUAAUCACUAACUUCCACUCAAGUCCUUGUCCAGGCCUGUCAGUCAGGCAGAUGGCAUAUAAGCAUUAAAGAAUGAGUCAGCCAGGAGCCAUAAGAUGGGGCCCCUGGCUGACUCGUUCUCUAAUGCACUCACCAGCUAUAUCUCCUCCUUUAUCAGCAACUCCAUAUUGAGCUGUAUUUAGAUUUACAUUUCGAGGAUGAUUACAGAUUACAUCUCUUGAGAUGUUUCUUCAUGUCCUGUUUAGCUGUCGCCUGCUGUGUUUGGGUUGCCUGCAGUCAUGCUUCUUUGCUUCCCUUAAGAACCCAAACCAAAUACUCCGAAGACUGUAGGCAGGAUGACAAACCAGUCGACAGCCAACCAGUCCAACACAAACAAGGCAAAGGAGAAAGAAGAAAACCAGCGAGAUGACAACACAGAAGUCGCGUAUAAAGAUGCCGGCCACUGCAGCCGCAACACCCACAACCUGCUGCUGGGACUCACUGUUAUGGGUGUUGUCAUGGGAGUGGUGUUUGGGAUGCUGUUGCGGUACAUGAAGGUGACGGACAGCUCCGCCCUCACUAUGGUUUCCUUUCCUGGAGAAAUCCUCAUGAGGAUGCUGAAGAUGCUCAUCCUGCCUUUAAUCAUCUCCAGCCUUAUCACAGGGCUGGCUGGUCUAGACGCUCGAUCCAGCGGCAGGAUGGGAAGCAGAGCCAUGGUGUACUACAUGUCCACCACUGUAAUUGCUGCCAUCCUCGGGGUCAUCCUGGUGUUGGGGAUUCACCCGGGGAACCCCAAACUGAGGGGAGGAGGAAGCACGAACGCCGCCCCAAAGAACCAGGAAGUCAGCAGUCUGGACGCCUUCCUCGACCUGAUCAGGAACCUCUUCCCUGAGAACCUGGUGCAGGCUUGCUUCCAGCAGGUUCAGACGGUGCUGAAAAAGGUGCCGGUUCCAGCAGCAAACCUAACUGAGCCCAUAUUAGUGAACAAGAAGAAACUAGAAUACAAAUGGGGCAUGAAUGUCCUCGGUCUGAUCGGCUUCUUCAUCACGUUUGGGAUCUGCAUGGGCAGGAUGGGCGAGCGAGGGAAGAUCAUGUGCGAGUUCUUCAACAUCCUCAACGAGAUUAUCAUGACGAUGGUUUCCCUGAUCAUGUGGUACUCUCCUGUUGGCAUCGCCUCUCUGAUCGCGGGGAAGAUAGCGGCCAUCGGGGACCUGGAGGUGGUGGCCAGGCAGCUGGGUAUGUACAUGGUGACCGUCAUCGUGGGCCUGGUGAUCCACGGCGGCUUGAUCCUACCUGCUAUAUUUUUCGCUACCACCAGAAAAAGCCCCUUCACUUUCUACUCUGGAAUCUUCCAGGCUUGGAUCACAGCUUUGGGCACCGCCAGCAGUGCAGGAACGUUACCCGUCACCUUCCGCUGCCUGGAGGAGAAUCUGAAGAUUGAUAAGCGGGUUACUCGCUUCGUGCUGCCCAUAGGUGCCACCAUUAAUAUGGACGGCACUGCACUGUAUGAGGCGGUGGCAGCCAUUUUUAUUGCCCAGAUGAAUGACAUCACGCUGGAUGGCGGGCAGAUCGUCACUGUCAGUAUGACUGCCACCCUGGCCAGUGUUGGGGCUGCCAGUAUUCCCAGCGCUGGACUGGUUACCAUGCUGCUGAUCCUGACUGCCGUGGGCCUGCCCACUCAGGACAUCAGUCUGCUCAUCGCCGUCGACUGGCUGCUUGACAGAAUGCGUACCUCCAUCAAUGUGGUGGGCGACUCGUUCGGCGCCGGCAUCGUGGACCACUUGUCGAAAGCGGAGCUUGCUGAGCUCGACGCGGCAGAAAUGCAAAUAAUUCCGCCGGAGGAGGAGCUCGAUUUCAUCCCUCCGCCCCCGAUCCUCACCGAGAUGGACCUGGUUGACCCUUUCAAACCGCCCGAGCUGCCACCUCGCUCCCCUCGCCCGCCCAAACAAAACCACCACAGCCACGUGCUCUCCCAGUCCCACUCCAUCACUUACUCACCGUCCCGUUCUGUCCGAUCUCCAUCACCACGCUCCAUCCGCUCUCCCUCUCCGCGCUCCGUCUGCUCCCACUCCCCCCGGCCUUUCCGUACUCAUUCGCCACGCCUCCUCCACAGGACGGAGCCGGGCUACUGCGCCCUGCCCAGCCACGAUAACCAGAUUCCCACGCUGCCUCGCUCCUACAGAGAGAGAGACAGGGAGCGGGAGAGGCUGAGGCGAGAGAGCGAAACGGAGGAGGAGGAGGACAGGGAGAGGGUUCUGGGUGAGGUGAGCGACGGCGAGGAGAGUGACGACACGGCUUACGAUCGGAGGCACGCCAUCCCGCCGGGCGACCUGCCGUGAUUGGAUUUUACCACCGAAAAGCUUCCCCAUUGAUUGGUUUCACGACAACUUUUCCCGCUUUAGUGCAGAGCUCCACGACGUUCCCGUGGAGGUUCACCGUGGAUUUCUGGAUGACUUGCUAUUUGGAGGUCACAGCUCCAACAGAACAGUCGGAUACACGAUUAGUAAGCUCUCCUUGGGCUUAACAUGCAUAAAUAUUCACAUGUUGCGAUGGUAGCACCCUGCAAAGUUCCUUAAAAGGGCCCUUAAAAUCAGGCCUGAGACUUUUUGGGUCUUUGGUUCCCUACAAAACAGAGCGUCAUUGGAGGGUUCCCUUGUUCAUUCCUGUCGUUUCCUUUAUAUGAGUCCAUCACCGUCUUGAUUUGUCAUUUCACCACUUAAAACGCCCCUGUAUGUCUUAACCUGCUUACAUUUGCUUGAUAGAAGAAGAACCUACAAGUCUGCUGUCAAUGAGAAAAGGCCACCUUUUUAAGAGCCUUUUAACGCACAGCCGUCAGUCAUUAGUUGAUCCUUUACCUCAGCUCUUUCUCUUCUACUUUUAAUUUUCUGACCAGAAGGGAAAAUGAUUAUAUUUAAAGGAAUAGUUUGACAUUUUUAGAAAUACACGUGUCCUCUGUUCUGCAGGGUUCACAACAUUUGAGCUGCAGGCACGAAUGUUUUUGCUCAUGUGACUCAGAUCAGAUUUUUUUCUUAACAGUGUGAACAGCACAGAUUACAUGGAAAUCUGAUCAAACUCAGACACAGAUCAGAUUUUUUGCAGUGCGAUCUCGGUCUAAAUAAAAUAUUACAUUUGAAUUAAUGUGACUUUUCCGUCCCUCAGUCAUCUGAAGUGAAUGUUGUGCGGCGAGGGGCUGACGUUGAGGUGAAAAUUACUCUCUUUCUCCUCGACAUCUGCUCAUGAGUUCGCCGGCUUCCACCACACACCAAAUUAUAAAUGAAACCAUAAACUCUGACUUCAUUGGCCUUCAUGUUGACUUAAUGAGUUUGCACUGGAAUCUGACAACAGAACGUAUUAUGUUAAGCAUAUGUUAUGUAAACAGCCAAACAAAUGAAUCAGUAUAUCCAAACUGCCUCAUUAACACUAUACUGUCAAAUUAUUCCUUUAAAUCAGACCAACAGGGUCGUGUAAAUGAAAUAAAUGCACAACCAGCAGACUUUAUUUUUAUAAUCCUCUACCUUCUCGCGUGUCUUUGCAUUUUCAUCCUCGCUGCUCUUCUUGCACAUCACGUCCUUCUUCCCAGCCGGCCGUCACUCGGUGUUAAAAUUGUCUGUAUUAUCUAUGGUUUGUAUUUUCUUGUUGUGGUCUGGUGUCUGAAACGGUGAGCAGUAGGCAAGUUUUGAUUUUGUCGUAUGUUUAAGUUUUCUCACUGUCACUCUCACUUAUGAGUUCUUGAUUUCUGUAAAAAUAAGUUCAUUGGUCUCUUCCUCCCCACUGAAUCGCCUUUCACUUGCAUCCUUAAGUCUUAACUCAGAUUCACAGGUCCAGGUCGUCUAUACUGUAUGUAAUAAAGUGUUAGAGAUUUAUUUAAAAUAA